AUGUCAACCUCUGAUCCGUCGAUCCUGCAUUUCGAGAGACUGUUUCCAAACAAGGAAGCUAACUCGGAUUGCAUCGUUGCCUUGUCUUUACUGGAUGACACCACGGUAGACUUCUCGGAUACAAGCGCUGUUUGGCUCUUUGAGUGUGAGCAGCAAAACCGCGGCAACCUGGUGAACCACCUCCGUCAAUCGCUCAGGAUCACGCUGGAUGCUUAUCCUCAGUGGUGUGGCUUGAUCAAGGUUGUUGACUCGGUGGAUGGCCCUGCGGUUGCUGAUCGAGAUCGGUUGGCGCCUCAUGCCCGCCGUUUUGGCCGGGUGUAUGUCCAUUAUGGCACGCGGGCUGACCCCGGCGUUGAAUUCGUCACUGCACGUGCGGCUGAUACUCUCGAUGGUCUCUGUCCUUCCUCUCGUACGACAUCUCAGCCUCUCUGGAAUCAGGAAAAGGUGGCUUUGUCGAGGUUUGUCCCAAAGACUUGCUUGGCGAACCCGCUCAAACAACUUGUUGUCGACAAUGCAGAUAUCACCCCUCCAGUCAUGGCCGUCCAAAUCACGAACUUGGCCUGUGGAGGGUUUGCCCUAGCAAUCAAAAUAGCUCAUCCUUUAGCGGAUGCGCAGUCACUUUUUCACUUCGUCAAAGACUGGGCAAGUGUUAGCCGUUCUGCGUUACUGUGCGAGCCUACAGCAGUCUUGAAACCUUUAUUUGAACCGGCACGACUCGACGACGCAGCAGCAGGGGACAUCAAUGCUGCUACGCCGGACGAAUCGAUCAUCGAACAGACAAAAAGCCUACCGUUUCAUCGCUAUGACUGGUGGAACGUGCCCCCUGACUCUCCUCUGAAGACACGCAUCCCUGAAGCUUUCCGGAACCAGGACAUCCCCCCAGCGGGGAAACAGAUACCAUGGUCAGAAUGGGACAAGAAAGCGCCAGUGUCUCAUUACAUCGUGCACCUGAGUCGCGAGCAAGUCGAGAAGAUCUGGACGCAAGCCAACAACGUAUCCGCCACAACCACAAAGACUAAUCGACUGAGUCGACACGAUGCCAUUCUGGCACAUAUAUGGUCAAGCAUCAACCGAGCUCGGAAGAUGCAACACGACCCCGGGCCGGUCCACUGCGACCUGGCGUACGGGUGCCGACCGGCGUUUCAUCUGAGCGAUUCCUUUAUGGGGUCGCUUUCCGUGAUGGUCAAUGUGGAGAUGACUGGGGCGGAACUGACGACGACUGCAAACUCGGACGGCAAGGAAACUGCCGUACUUCCGCCCAUCGCGCACCGCAUCCGCCAAACUAUUCUUCAGCUGAAGAAUCAUCCGGCCCGCUUGGCCGCCCACCUCCACCGUCUGGCAUACGAAACGUCUCCGCAACGCAUUUGGCAGGGAUUCUUGGGUUCUCGGCACGUUAUGGUGACGACGUGGGCGUGCGCAGGGCUGUAUGAUGUGGAUUUUGGGUUGGGUCCACUUACUUCCUCCUCUUCCUCGGCUCGCUACGCGGAUGGUAUCCUCGCCAAUCUCGAUGGCCUCGUCUUGAUCAAAGAGGCACCGCCGCCGUCGCCAUCCGAUCGGGAGUCGGAGGUCAGGCACUGCCGAGUUCCGUCGGCUUGGACGGAGCAUGGUGUGGAUGUGCAGAUUCAUCUCCGGAGUGAAGAUAUGCUCCGGUUGUUAAGAGAUCCGAUACUAUUGCCGGACACUGCGUAG